CAGAAACUGAAAAGUUUGUUUUUGGCGUUUGUGAUUCAGGAGUAUUCAGACUUUCUGCACGAGUUCAUGUGCGCUGUGAAGCAGAACUAUGGAGAGAAAGUGUUGGUACAGUUUGAAGAUUUUGCAAACCACAAUGCGUAUGACCUUCUGUCUAAGUACAUGGAUACUCAUCUUGUCUUCAACGACGAUAUCCAGGGUACUGCAUCCGUGGUGCUUGCUGGGCUUAUUGCCGCUCAGAAGGUGCUUGGUAAAAGCCUUGCUGACCAUACCUUCUUGUUCUUGGGUGCCGGAGAGGCUGGAACUGGUAUUGCUGAGUUAAUUGCUCUUAAAAUUUCGAAAGAGAAUAGUAGCUCUUUGAAAGUUGCUCUGUUCUCUGGCUUAGAAUAAGUGAUUAAUCAUAUC